GCUGGACGGCUAGGGAAUUUGGUGCGAAGAGGUUAGUCGCAGACACGGCCAGGACGGCAGCCACGAACAGCUGAUCGAGGGCCGAUGCUCCACGGAGGACCGGCGAAAUGUCAAACUCGAGGCAAAUCACCCUUAGGGUACAAUCUUCCGAAGGAACCAAGCGUGUCGAGGUAAACCCUUGGGACUCGGUUUUGCAGCUCUAUGUGAAGAUUGAUGAAACCUUUGGCUUCAACAGCUUCGGCUUCACCCUUUACAAGCAACGAAAUCACAAGGAUGAGAUUAUAUCCUCCCGUAGCAGAACCGUGGCGAGUGUGGGACUGUCUCAUGGAGAUAUGGUAUAUCUGGCUCCAAUUAACGGAGCGAUGCUAUGGGAUGGUCCGUCUACUAGCGAUGCUGCACCUGCGGGAAAUGCUACGUCAGAAGAAACGGCCUUCAUCGAAGUAUUGCAGAGUCCAGGUCGGAACUCUCAGGGUCCACCUGCUUGCGCUCGGUCUCUCUCCACGGUUGUCGAGGACAAAGUGGAUCAACAACUCUGGAAGCUCAAUGGAAAGAUACAGAGAAAACGCGACGAGAAAUUUUGUCGACAUGGCGUGAACGCUUGCUGUGUCCAUUGUUCGCCGUUGGAGCCUUUUGACGAAGCCUAUCUUAAGGAACAGAACAUCAAGCAUAUGUCAUUUCACUCUUAUCUCAGGAAACUCACUGCUGGCGUGGACAGAGGAAAGUUCCUACAAUUAGAGGACAUAAGGUGCCGCAUAAAGGUUGGCUGCAAGGAUCAUCCUCCGUGGCCUCGUGGAUUCUGCAGUAAAUGUCAGCCAGCUGCUAUAACUUUGAACAGUCAGCCUUAUAGGCAUGUUGACAAUGUCGUUUUCGAAAAUGCCAGCCUGGUAGAACGUUUUCUUAAUUACUGGCGCAGCACUGGCCAUCAACGUAUCGGCUAUCUCUAUGGUCGAUACGAGAUCCACUCGGACGUUCCUUUGGGAAUUAGAGCAGUAGUUGCUGUCAUAUAUGAGCCUCCUCAGGAAAGUACUAGAGAUUCCGUGUCCCUACUUCCGGACGAAAAGGAAGCCCUGGUCGACGACUUGGCCAGGUCCUUGAACCUCAGAAGAGUAGGCUGGAUCUUUACGGACCUGAUAGCCGAUGACAUUGUCAAGGGGACGGUGAAGCAUGUGAGAAACAUCGAGAGCCACUUCCUGACCGCCCAGGAGUGCAUAAUGGCUGGUCAUUUCCAGAAUCUUUAUACAAACCCUUGCCGAUUCUCGCCCACCGGUUACUUCGGCUCGAAAUUCGUGACAGUUUGCGUAACUGGUGACGAUAAGAACCAGGUGCACAUGGAGGGAUAUCAGGUGUCGAACCAGUGCAUGGCGUUGGUACGCGACAAGUGUCUCGUGCCUACAAAGGAUGCACCUGAGCUCGGCUACGUAAUCGAGUCCACCGAUAAGCAAUAUGUACCGGACGUCUACUAUAAGGGAAAUGACAGCUAUGGGAACGAGGUGUCCAGACUGGCCAGGCCUCUCCCGGUUGAGUAUCUGCUGGUCGACGUGCCAGCAUCCACGCCGUUGACUCCGCAGUUCACAUUCUACGUUAAUAAGGAUGUUACUCCGUUCCCCGUGGAGAACAGGCUGGUCGAUGGCCAAGUGCAGGACUUCGAUGCUCUCUGCACGUACAUGCAGCAGUUCAGUCCGGAUCAGUUCCUGGAGGCGAUGUCGGACUUCCAUCUUCUACUCUUCGUCGCCCUGAUGGACAUGCUGCCCAUGAAGGAUCACAUGGGUCCAUUAUUAGAAGCGAUCCGUACCAACGACCGACAGAAAGCAAUAGACUGGGCCCAUUCGGAGCACUGGGCCACCGUCGAGCAGCUGAUCUCUGCCACGACUGCGAGCUCUCCGUCGUCUUCAAGAGCUGCAGCAUUCGGUGGGAAUUCAGAGAAAGCUGGUUCCACUAGCAGUGGAGGAGCAUCAGCUAGCAGUGGCGUCGGUGUCGGAGUAGGCACUGGAGCUGCUGAUUCCGCUCCGAACCAGCCACUAUGGAUAUGCCCUUACUGUACUUUCUUUAAUUCAGCUGAGCUCACUACCUGCGAGAUGUGUCGUCUGCCAAGGAUUUGAUGCAUGCCGUGUCCUUGCGGAUGUGACGUUGUUUUUCUACACUUUGGCCUUAUUUAUGGAUAAAUAAAAGUGCGACAGAGAGACACUUCCAUCUCAAGGGACGAUCAUUUGCUGGGAGACGUCUUAGAGCGCCUAGCUUUUUGUUUUGACGUUCGGUGCACUCGUAGCAUCAGGGUUUGGGAUCCUUCUUCCGAUGGGUUGAGAAUUCAAGUUGGGGUCGAUGCAUGAUCUUGAAUUGAGCAUUUCUUUUCCGUUCAUGUAAUAGUAUCGACACGAUCGAGGG